AUUUCUUUCGUUUGGUAUUGUUGUUUGACGAAUAACCAAGAGUGUUUGAAAUUAAAUAAUUAUAAAUAUGGAAGCUGCCGCAGAAGAGAUAGUAAAAGAUAGCAUUGAUAUUGAACAACAAGAAAAAAGUGGCGAAGUAAGAAUAACCAUUCCUUCCAUCCAAGACCCACCAAAGAAGUCAAAGAAGGAAGACCGCAACAAAAAGGAUGAUAAAAAUGUGGAACAGUUCAUGAAAUCGCUGAACUCUGUGCCAAGUCUGGAGGAAAAACUGUCUCUCGUCUGCAAGAAAUAUGUGCAGACUGCUGAUGAUAAUAAGAAACUGCAGUUUUAUAUCAAGCAGUCUGAUAAGCGGUAUGCUAUCUUGUUGAAAGAAAAAGAGCAAUUGCAACAUGAAUUCAACAAGACUAUCCUCGUCAAGUCCAAGUUGGAGAGUCUCUGUCGUGAACUGCAGAAACAGAACAAGGCCAUCAAGGAAGAGUCCCUGCUAAAGAUCCGUGAAGAGGAGGAACGUCGGAAGGAGACUCAAGCCAAGUUCCAGAACACGCUAACCGAGAUCACCACUCUCCUGCAGCAGAAUAACGAGAAGAACGCCAAGUUGAGAGACGACAACAUCAGCAUGAGCGAGAAAUUCAAGAGUGUGGUGCAGCAGUACCAGUUGAGGGAACAGCAAGUUGAAAAAAUGGGGAAGCAAAUGGCGCUAGAGUCCCAGCUGUCGGAUGCUAAACUUCAGAAAGCAGCCUUAGAGCACCAGGCAGAGAAAGAGAGGCUGCUAGCAGAGAUGGAACACCUCAAGGUCACGGUGGCUCAGUGCACGGCCAAGAUCAUGGAGCUGCAGGGGACGGAGACUGCUUUGAGGGGUCAGCUUGGCGUAUACACGGAUAAGUACGACGAGUUCCAGAACGCGCUAGUGAAAAGCAACCAGGUGUUCGGAGGGUUCAAGGAACAGAUGGAGAAGAUGUCAAAGAAAAUCAAGAAGCUGGAGAAGGAAUCCCUAUCAUGGAAAAAACGCUGGGAGACAUCACAAACAGCACUCCUGGACAUGUGCGGCGAGCGGCAGGCGAGCGAGGAGCGCGCCGCGGCCGCCAGUCGGCAGCUGCAGCACAUGCAGAGCCUGUGUCGCACGCUGCAGGCGGAGCGCACCACGCUGCUGGGCACGCUGAAGGAGCACAACAUCGAGCGCCCGCCGCUGCCCACGCCGCCGCCCGCGCCCGCGCCUGCGCCUGCGCCGGCGCCCAGCAAGCAGAGCAACGACAAGGUCGACAAAAUGGCGGCAAAUUGCGCACAACUUCGACAGAGCCUCGUGCACCUCCAGAGCCAGUUGAACACCCUCACCAACAACAAGAACGGCGUCAAGGAAGACGCGCCCAAACCAGACAAACCCAAGAAACAGAAAUCUAAAAAGAAAGCCGAAAAACAAUCACAGGAGGCGACAAAUUCUAUAGAAGUCACCGAAGAACCAGUCAGAGAUGAUAAUAAAGAAACAUCAGAAGAACCUACGACUAAUGAAGAUUCAAUCCAAAACGACAUAGAUAGCUUAGAAGAAAAAAUAGACGAGAAAGCCAUGGAAACUCUAAUCCAAGCUAUAAGCAAUGCUAACAUAAAUCUACACGAUUUAUCAGUAGAUGAAAAUAAUGAGCAAGUGGACAUUGAAAAGGUAAUAGAUGGUUCCCACAAUGAAAUCGCCAACACAUCGAAUGAUGAGGUGUCACAUAUAACCGAAGUGAAACCUAUAUCGAGUGCGUAAUCCGUACAACGUGUAGUUUACGAACACAAUUUGGAAGGAGUGAUCAGUGUUGUGUAAUUUUUUUUCUUUAAUCAGGUGCUGAUUC